GCUGACACACACGCGCGCGCACUCACUUUGGAAAGUCUGUGACUGCGCUGGAGCUCACCUGUCCUGCAGACUGAACGCUCACCUGUCCUGAAGCCCCCAGCAUGUCUCUUCCCGCCGCCUCCCGGCUCCUCAGGACUGCGCUGAGGGCCCGCGUGGCCCCGGUGGCCAACAUUUCUUCAAAGCCCGCCAAAGAGAACAUCUCAGCUGGGGAGCAGACCAUCGCCAUGACGGUCCUGUUCAUCACCAUCCUGGGGCCCUCGGGCUGGAUUCUGGCUCACCUGGAGGACUACAAGAAGAAAGAGUAGACCCAAAGAUGGAGGAUGGACAGAAGCUGAAGCAGUUUUUUUUUUUUAAGUUGAUGAAUGUCCUGGAUGUUUGAUUGUUAUUCCAAUAAAUUGAUGUCAUUUCUGAUGUCAGCAGAACCAAAACCCAGA